GGUUAACCUCCCUCCCGAGCCCGGGCAGUUGGGCGUGUCCUGUGCCACCUCCCACCGCGGCCUCCUCCACUCACACUCCCACAGCCGCUGGGAGGCCGUCAUUAUGCAGAUGUAGCCCCGCCCCCAGUUAUUCCGCUCCCUCUCUCUCCCUGUGGCCGGCGGCCGGCGCUGGGCUCCUGCAGUCACGCUGUGCGGGGGGAUCACACAAGGCCCGGGUCGCCCCGGGGGACAGCUGCUGACUCACAGGAACAGUGAUCUCCUGUGGAUUCUGCUGUGCCUUUAACUCUCCAGAAGAGGAACUAGUGUGGAAGCGGCAUUGUUCCAGUAGGAAGGAUUAUUUCCCAGGUAUCGUAAACGUCCCACCGGCUACUGACACUUGGAGUGUUCCUGGGAGAGUAGAGAAUGAUCCUGUUUGUUUCUGACUCUCCCCCUCGAGCUGCUACACCGAGACGAGAGUAGAUGACGUUCCUCCUGCAGGUCUGAAGCCAGGGACUUUUUGUCCUUUCCAUACCAGGGUGCUGCCGCCUCCUCUAGCUGUAGGGACCAGUGAUGCUGAGGUAUACAUACCACACUUGGAGCAACUUUCACCUGCUCAGACCAGGGACUGCAGUCCCUCCGUGCUGCUGCUGGAACCCUCGCCUUGGGAUGGUGCAGCAGUGGUGACCCUACCUCACGGACGGUUCCAAGUGCACGCUCAUUAGACAUGGAAUGUGCGCGCCGGUUCCUCUCUCUUUUUUUUAUUUUUUACCUUCCUGAGAUAUCUCCGUAGGGAACCGGGAGCAUCUAUAGGAAAACAGCUGCUUUUAAUAAUCGUUUGUUCAGCGCUGUAGAUGCGGUGACUGUACAUAGCGAUGUCGCUCUUUGAGGAUCAGUGGUUCCUGGUCACCCUCUUCCUGGCCGCACUCGUCACGCUUGCCGUCUAUCUGUUCCAGUACGGUUUGGGCGGAUUGUGGACACGAAAAAGAAAAUCGUCUAGUGCGCACGGCGAGGCGGAUUCACUCCUGUCCUGGAUAUUGUCUCUGAGUAGUUGGAAAAGCCAGUGGCUGAAGGCUUGGAUAAGUGCACUCAAUGAAGAGGCUGGGAAGCGAGGGGGAUCGCUGCGGCUGGCGUUUGAAGACGACAAUGGACAAAUACCUCUGCAGCUGUCUGUGAAACACGUGGAGAGCGUUGUGAAGUCAGGUCAGGCCAAGGUUGUGCUAUGCAGCGUGAUGGGGAAAGCUAUACAGUUUGCUGUGCGCGUCACCCGCACUCUCCCUGCGAACUCUGGAUGCCAGAUCUACAGCGUCCGCGUCACACCGCUACACCUGAACCUGGAGCUCCGUGUGAGGGAGGGGAUCAAAAACCAGAUCGAAGUUACGUGGUCCAUGGGCAACUUUACUGAUCUCGAUCUUCACAUUCAGUCAAAAACUAAGCUGGAGACUCCCGGACACAGUGCAAUCAUGGAAACGCUGGAGGAUAUACUGAAAAACCUCAUGGGGUGUGUCCGACCCACUGUAGAACUGAGCAGCAAGCCUUCAGAUAUGAAAGACUAUCUGAAUAUACCCGGGGGCCACUCUUCAGUAAUCUGCCCCCCGAAACCACCUCGAGCUCAUGAGCUGAAGCUUCAAGUCCGCAAUAUCAAAGCAACACUGGUGGGAAUCCCCGACCCCUCAGGUUUGGCAGUGUGCUCAGCACAGCUUAACGACCCUGUACAGCGAUGCACUACUACAGCCAUAAAACACAGUCUGAGCCCCUGCUGGGAGGAAGAGUUCAUCUUUGAAUUGAAUGCAAAAUCCAGAGAGUUAUUGCUUCAGAUUACGGAAGCCGGGAAUCCUGCAGGGAGUCUCCCCCUGGCCUGGGCAACUGUGCCCUUGGAUCUCUUCAGGAAGAACCCCUCAGGGAGGCAGAACUAUGCACUGAUCUGUGUACCUGGCAGCCCAGUGUCCGGAUCUAUCAGUGCUCAGUUCUUAUUCGUGGAACCCAAUGAAGUGAAAUCCUGGAUUGUGCCGACACCAGUCCCUGCAAAGAAAGUAGAGAAGGACCGUACGGUCAUGCCGUGUGGGACGGUCGUCACCACGGUAACUUCAGUCACCUCAAAGCCGCGGGCGGAAGGGAAGAGCCCGACUACGAGCUACACUGAGAAAGCGUCCGAGUCACCGUCGAAUACUCCCCCUAAAAUAAAGGUGAUUGAGAGAGACUUCUCGGUACAAGCCAUCCCUUCCCAGAGCGGUCUGGUGAGCAAGGCGCUGUCCUCGUCGGAUACAGAGCUCCUGAUGCUGAACGGCUCAGACCCGGUCGCAGAAGUCGCCAUAAGACAGCUCAGAGAGUCCUCUAAACAGUCGCUAAAGUCUCCCCGGAAGAGCACCAUCAUUAUAUCCGGGAUAUCAAAGACUCUGCUUACUCAGGACGACGAGGCUACAACCAUGAUGGAUUACGCAGCCUCUAUGGACAUCACAACGAGCAGUAACGAUGUCACCAUGAAGACGGCGGAUGAGAAAUGCCUCCCGGCAGCAGCCGCUGUGAGCUCCGAUGACGAGCUGCAGGAUGCCUGGGAACAAGGCAGCCAGCUGGGGGAGUGGACUGGUAACGGCGUGGAGGGCCCGGACUCGGAGGCUGUAUCCGUUAGUAACCUAAGUAUCUCCGAAACAGGGAGCGUGAGGAAAUCUAAAGGUGGAUUUUUACGCAAAGGAGCAAAGCUAUUUUUCCGGCGAAGGCACCAGCAAAAAGACCCCACCAUGAGCCAGUCUCACAACGACCUGGUUUACUUGAGAGAAUCUGAGUCGGCAGAGCCUCGCAAGAAGGGUGCGACGCUGUCCCGGCUGCUGAACAGGAAGCGCCUCUUAAAAACUAAAAACAAAAAUAAACUGCUGAGCAAGCCUCCCGAGUCGGAGAAUGAAUGACCGGGCCAGGCCCGAGACUGGACGGGACAGGCGCUUGUGCAUGAGGAAACCCCUGUAUGGAACAUGGCGGGGCCAGAGUAGCGGCCUAUCGAUUUUAUCCCUCAUGAACUCAAGUGAAAUUAUAAAAACUGUCUUUUUUUUGCUCUUCUAGCUCAACACUGUGACAUUUUAGGAGUCUGUUAAAUUGUGCCCGUCGCCGACGCACAUUUGAGGCAGCCUCCGUUCACUACUAAGCUGUGACGACACUGAGGUGCAAAAUGGAGGCUGCCGUCUUGUGGACUGCACCAAGGGUCCAGCAUAUCCAUUCACUAUGAAGUCACUGGUUUGUAGUGAAUCGAUAGGCCAGCCGCCUCCUCAUGAACAAUGUUCUCGGUCCACAAAAUGGCUGCCGCAGAAGUGUGUGUGUAGGGACGGGUACAUUGUAAAACAUAGGAAGUGUGUUUGCUUUUUGGCACGGGCCUCUGAGAUCUGCAUGGAUGGUUGGCCUAUUAGCACAGUUUAAUAGCAAUACAUGAAUUGCGGUCCGGCGUUACCGCCAGUAACCCCUGGUGUGGAGAGCCGGUCCCUAUGAAUGCGGCACAGAGCCAUUCAUCCCUGUAAUGGAUGCAGUUGUGUAGUGGCGGUCCAUCCUGAACACUAAUGACCUAUUAGGCACAGAGAGCUUUAUCUAUAGAUUUACGCAGUAUUGCGGUCUUGCGCUGUUCGCGCUCGUGUCCGUUCAACAAGUGAUACAUAAUAAUGCCUCUGGGCCAUAAGCGUUUAAAAUGUGAAAGGAAAAAAAACAAUGUACUAAAUAUAUGUAUAUAUUAGGAUAUAUAGAGAGAGCUAUAGCAUCUUAAAUCAAAAUAUGGAUCCGCUUUCAUGUUUAGCCUUACUGAAUACACAACAACCUUUUUUUUCCUGAGAAAUAGCGCUUUAUAUAUGUAUAGAAAAAUAUAUAUAUUUUAUGGACAAGUAAAGGGGGCGCACCCUUGAAAUAAAAUAUGCAAACCCCCGGUAGGAGGAACAAUGUUUUUACAUUUCUCAUAGUCACCGUGUUCUGUUUUUGAUUUUGUUUUUUUGCUGUUGGUGUACUUGGUUCUUGCGGAGCUGCAGCUGAUGAGACUCUAAAGAUGGUUAUUUAUUAACAUUGCGCUUUAGUGCAAGAUUGCACUUAAACAUAGCAAAGCAAUAAGACCUUUGCUUUCAUUUGUCCAAUGUGCACUAGGCAGAUGAAAGCUUUUCUCUGAUUGGUCGCUCUAGUUUAAUGCAAAUUUGCGCUUGAAAAUGAAAUGUCUGGAAAUAAUGCUCUGUGCAAACUAUAAUUUACUUGACCACCUGCUAAAAACAUUUUCCUAUACGUGGGUAUUUAUAAAUGCAUGUCUUUAUAACACAGGUCUUUAACCAAAAUGGCAGCCAUCAGGUUGUUCAAUUCUCUUGGUGCAGCUCUCCACAAAGCCACGUGUAAUUGACCGCAUUUGGUUACGAUGGUGCUAACCAUACACCACAUAGGACAAGGAAAAUUUGCCAUUUUAAAAGUAAUUAUUAUAAAUUCUCUCAGAAUGUUACUCUGAAGAGCAUUUCUUUCCAUGCUGUAAUAUUUUAUUAUAAUCAAGAAAAUGCAGAUUGUGCUGUAACCCAUAGCAACCAGGCAUGCAGGAUAACAUCACACAUUUUAUUUGGGAGACUCCUGUCUCAGGCUGGGUCACAUGUCCAUAUUACAGUGCUGUGCUGGUGACACCGAGCAGUGAUUGGGCGACGCCGUUUCUUAGGGGUCUAUUCAUGAAGCAGUGAAAACUGUGGAGAAGUGAGCCAGUGGCGAAGAACCAAUCAGCAUUGAAGUAACAUUUAGAAUUUGCAUACUAUAAAAUUAGAUAAAGCAGCUGAUUGGUUGCCAUGACCAACUUCUCCACUGGCUCACUUCUGCACUAUUAUCACUGCUUAGUACAUGUCCACCUGAAUCUCCUAGGAAACACAUUGGCUUUUAAAAGAUGCGCUCAGCACUUCCAUUCAGCUUACGUUGGUAUAGCUGAGCUGCUGCAGUUACUAUGGUUACAGCACAUGUUCUGUCAUAUGCACCAUGUUAUUUCCUAUAUUGCAAACAACAGCAGCUAAUACAAGUCAGGUUAAAUAGGACACACAAACACACCUACCUACCUACCUGUAUGUGGUUGCAUCACUCAAGUAAAUGAGCCUUAUGUCUGUUUGUGGCUAGGUAUUGGCCUCCUGACACCUUUACUAAAAUGCAUCACUGGCUUCUUUCUGUGCUUUUCAGCCAUGUAUUAUUUGUCAGUCUGGUUUAUAUUAUACUCAUUGUCCUGGGAUAGAACACACAGCUGUGCUCUCUGCCUUGUAUAUAAAGCAGGCUGUGUUAUAUCACAGAAUAAUAGAUAUAAAUAACUGCCUACUAUACCAAAUGAACGCAUUACAUCUAGUAAAAGCUGUAGGAGUAUGCAGGCAAGUCCACAAAUGAACGUAAUCUAAAGGUGCAUCAGUCCAAAUAAUCUAUAUUGAUUUCUUUCAUUUGUCGCUAUAGUUCUUUUAAUUAGAUUGAUAAAAUAAAAAUGUGUUGCUCUA